GAGAGCCCAGCAUUUCCGGGCGCGCCGCGUGGAGUUUGUCGCAUUUGCAGCUUUCGGCAUGGCGGCUUUAACUGAGCCUCCCGGGCCGAUUCUGUCGCUGUACCCGCAGCAAGAUGACGAGUUUCAGAAGGAGGUGAUGCAGGUUCGCCGCCGGCGCAUGAAGCCGCGACAAAAGCAAGAAAAACUUAAGCCUGGAGUAAUCUAUGUGGGCCACCUACCUAACACACUUCAUGAAAGCCAGAUCCAUGAUUAUUUCUCCCAGUUUGGCACUAUUACAAGAUUAAGACUGUCCAGAAGUAAAAGGACUGGAAAUAGCAAAGGCUAUGCCUUUGUGGAGUUUGAGUCUGAUGAUGUUGCCAAUAUAGUUGCUGAAACAAUGAACAACUACCUUUUUGGUGAAAGACUCUUGCAGUGUUGUGUUAUACCACCUGAAAAAGUACACAAUGAACUUUUUAAAGAGUGGAAUACUCCAUUUAAACAGCCGUCAUAUCCAGCAGUGAAACGGUAUAAUCAGAAACGGACACUUACACAAAGACUAAAGAUGGAGAAGCGCUUUAAAAAGAAAGAAAAAUUACUCAGGGAAAGAUUGGCUAAAAAAGGAAUUGAUUAUGAUUUUCCUUCAUUGCCUUUUUAUUUGAAGGUUUUACCUAAGAAAAAGAAACAACAGGUUUCAUGCAGUCCUGACACUCCUGAGAAGACCGUGGAUAGCCAGGGCCCUACACCAGUUUGUACACCAACAUUUUUGGAGAAGCGAAAAUCUGAAGUGGCUGAAAUGAACGAUGAUGAUGAUGAUGAUAAAGAUAAUGAAAUAGUUUUCAAACAGCCCAAAUCCAGUGUAAAAGAAGAAAUACAAAAGACUCAAACACCUACACGUUCACAGAAAAAAAAACGAAGAAAAAGCAAUCAGUGAUUCUGAAUGUAUUAUGUAUAAUAUUUCUUCUGAAAAAUGUGAUUUUGUUUUGUGGGCUAAUUCCAUACUAGGUACAAUAAAAUGCAACCCUUGACAAGAUUUCUGGAGGAAAAACACACUAUUUGGUCAAGUCAGUAAGGAAAGCAAUUUGUAAUUUUGGCUUGCCUGCGCUUUCUGAAAUACAGGGGUGCAUACCCGCUUACAGUGGCUGGGCUCACGCUACCUCUUUUUCCUGGUCUCUAGUCCUCAGAUUUCAUAGCUCUCCUUAAUUACUUUGCUUGGAUAGAACAGUCACCAUUAACUACAGGUUUAAGUUCUAAACUGCAGCCCUUUUUGUGACUACCAAAUAAAGACUGUCUUGUUUGACCAUCUA